CUGUUUUGGAAUGCCCUCCUCCUCCGGUCUCUCUCAUCUGCCUGCCUGCGUGGGCUGUCCAGGGUCCCACGUCUCAUUUCAUAUUAAUUAAUUAGCUAUUAAUGUAUUUGUUUACUUGACUGACUUAUGAGCUAGAUCCCAACCCCCGCCAUAUCUUGUGGUGGAUCAUCUGCCUUCAUUUCAUUGCAUCAUCUAUUUCUAGUUAAUUAAUUAAUAAGUUAAUUGACUCAUUAUUUUAUAAUCAAUUUUAUCCUCACCCCGUGGAGGAGUUGAAGGUUUAGUUGUCUACUCUUCUCUGCUCCUCUCUACGCAUCUCAUGAUUCAUCCCUCGUGCAAUGUGCUUGCUUACUUUCUUGAGUUUGAAGUGUCCAGCACUUGACAGACAGACAAAAGCCGACUAGACUAGACUAGACUAUACUAGGAGGAGGAGGAGGAGGAGGAGGAGUGCGAUAGUGUAUCUGCAGUGAGAGAGGGAGACAGAGAACUUGUUCCUCCCAUCCCAUAUGAUAUGAAGAGCGCUACUUCUGACGAGAUUAAUGGACUCCUCUCCUUGUUUAACCCUGUUACUGCACAGUUGGAUAGGAUUUCGCGUGAUCAGGCUUCCCUUUGGUGGGAUUCUGACAAGGCGCUGGGUUCUAGUUCCAUCAACUCUUUUGCUUCCCUUGCAUCUCCAACACCAAAGUCUUGUACAGAGCUGAAGGAGGAGAUUGACACACUUGAGCUUGAAAUUAUGCAUUUAGAGCGUCAUCUUCUUUCACUGUAUCGAACAGCUUUUCAAGGAUGCUCUUUGCCAGGUACUCCAGAAAGCCAUUUACAAUUUAAAACAGGACGUUCCAAAUUGGAGCUGCAAAUGCACAGAGAUGAAUUGACCUAUCAUGAUCAAACUUCCCCCGCAUAUCGCCAGGCUAGCUCAGAUAAUCAAAGUAGUGCGACUGGCAUAAAAGCACCAUCUAAAAAGGACAGCAAAAUUGCUAAUUCUCGUCAUCGCAGCCUAGCGGAUCAUCUUGGUGAUUCUCUUAAUGAUAGUACCCUUAAUACUCCGGAUAGACUUUCUGAAGAUAUUGUGAGAUGCAUCUCUUCUAUAUACUGCAAACUCGCCAAUCCCCAAAACCAUGCACGCCUGUCAGCUUCUCCUACUUCAUCCUUAUCCUCCUCAAGUAUAUUUUCUUCUAAGAAUCCUUGUGAUAGUUGGAGUCCACAUUGCAAUGAGGAAGCUACAAUGCAUCCUCAAGGGUUGAAAGAAAAAAGUGAACCUUGUGCUACAAUGACCAAAGUUUCAAAGAUCUGUUUAGAUGAAGACAGCUUCAAUUGUGCUGCUAUGAUGCUGCAAAAUUUCAGGUCAUUGGUUCGAAGUCUAGAGAAGGUUGACGUCCUGAAGAUGAAACGUGAGCAGAAGCUUGUGUUCUGGAUUAACAUUCACAAUGCCUUGGUGAUGCAUGCAUACCUGGCAUAUGGAACUCAUAAUCGUGCGAAAAGUAGUUCAAUUUUAAAUGCAGCGUAUAAUAUAGGUGGACAUAGCAUAAAUGCGUAUAUCAUUCAGACCUCCAUCUUAGGAAUCCGAGCACACCGCUCAGCACCGUGGCGACAAACAUUGUUUCAUUCAGGAAAGAAGUUGAAGGCGGGGAGCAUUAGACAUGUAUACGCAUUAGAAUACCCUGAGCCUCUAGUCCAUUUUGCUCUAUGUUCAGGGGCAUACUCUGACCCAGCGGUUCGAGCAUACACAGCAAAGAGCGUAUUUCAGGAUCUGAAACUUGCUCAAACAGAUUUCAUUCGAGCUGGUGUCUCAUGCAAGGAGACAAAAGUUUUCCUCCCUAAAAUACUUGACUACUAUGCAAAAGACAUGUCGCUGGGUACUGUAGGCCUCUUGGAGGAAAUAAAUGAUUGUCUUUCGGAUACUCAAAAGAAAGCUUUCAGAAGCUGCAUGCAAGGAAAACUUGACAAUUACAUACAUUGGCUACCUCAGAGUUCAACCUUUCGGUACGUGGUCCAUGAGGAUGUAACCAAUGUAUAAAUAACUUUGUAAUUAUUCAACUCGUAGUUGUGUUUCUUUGUCAUAGGAGCCAAAUAAAGGGCAAGUGUUAAUCAUCUGUACAGGCAGAGUUGGACUGAUGAAAUUAAAGUAGAAAAUAUUCAACUGAA